UCGGGCUCCCGGAAGUAGUGAUAAAGAGUGAAGAAAUCCAGACUUUGUUGUUAUUCAUGAGUUAGUCAAUAACGCUGCAUUAGCUUGUAAACAGCACCGAACAACAAGAGCUCAAGUUGCAGCGGAAGCUUGCAGAUAUUUUUUCAACUUGCAUUUUUGUCAUUAUGGUAAUACUACAGCACAGAUAUGACGAGCUAAUAAAUUUUAGCUACGUAAUUGUGACAUUGAACUAAUUCGGAACAUAUGUCAAAUAUAAACUGUUCUUUUCGUGGCAGCCACUUAGCUCCAUCUGGGUGUAAUGACAUGCCGUGACUUAUGCAGAGAGAGAAUCUCGGGACGGGACAGUACCGGACGAGUGGCAGGUCAGCUAACAGACUGCGUGUUCAAUGGACAGGGGCAGCGAAAACGACGCGCUUCCUGAUGAAGAGGGUGAAGGCCAUGUAGCCAGCUUGGAAGAUGAAGAGGUGGAAGUUACAACUGCGUGCAACCUUUCAGGUGGACUUGCAGAAAUUUUGGCCCACAGGCUCUGGGGACAUGUGAAUCAGGAUGAGGAGAGGAUGACAGGUCCCACUAUGUCUAAAGGCCAGACAGAAGUUGUUGAACCAGAGAGGGAUGCCCCCUCUGUGUCCCCCUCUUUAUCUAGCCUCCCCUCCUUCUCAUACUCCUCCAGCCGUCACGCUGACUUUUCUUCAUCAUCUUCAUCUUCCUCUGCUUUGUCCCUGUCUCCACCUUUGCCUCCUUCUGUGGAGCUCUCAGCUGUGUUGACUGAUACAAGACUGAUCCUGGAUGUGUACCAGGGAGGAGCGUCUGCUUUGCCCCUCCUGUGGGAGUCCAUACCAGGACAGCUGAUGGGCCUCCAGUACCUGAGACUGGGCUCUGAGGAUAAAGCAGGGCUGGAUGGUGCACUGGGUGUCCUACCCCAUCUGACAGAGCUACGAUCGCUGGCUUUUCGGGGACACUGUUUUCAUGACUCAAGAGGUGACCCCCUCCCUGGCCUCCUCACCACUUUGCCAGCAUCUGUUUCCUCACUUUCCCAUCUGGUGCACCUGGAUCUCUCCUUCAACCAGCUCUCCUAUUUGCCAUCCUGCCUGCUUAGCCUUCCCAUGUUGGACUCAUUGCUCCUCUGUCACAACCACCUCUUGGCUUUGCCCCCUGAUAUAGGCAAGCUUUCCUCCCUCACCUACUUCUCUCUCCUGGGGAAUAAGCUGGUGUCUCUCCCCCCGGGUCUGGGCCAACUGAAAGCACUGCAUACUCUGGAUGUGUCAAACAACCUCCUCCAGGAACUACCUGAUGAAAUUGGUUCCCUGGAGGAGCUUGUUAAGCUGGAAUUAUCCCACAACAAGCUGAAGCAGCUACCAGAAAGCAUAGGCUCUCUACUUUCUCUCAGGGAACUGGUCAUCUACAGCAAUGACCUCCGUCUGAUCCCACACUGUCUGAACAAACUGCCUCUGCUUAAAAUAGAUGUCCGUGACAAUCCUUUGGGACGACCCCCAACGCCUCCUCCUCGCUCUCCUACACCUGAUCAAGCAGAAACAAAACUCCCAGAAAUGCACCUUGGGUUUAAUCAGCACAGUUUCUGUGUUUCGUCUGCUGGGUGUCAUGUGUUUCUCCCAGGGGGGGCUGAGCUGGUGUUCCCCCCAGGGUGCAUGGUGACAACCACAAAACUGGAAUGGGCUGAGAAAAGGCCACAGCGAAAGUGGGUGCAGCUGCAGGAACACGAGAUCUUACUUAGUCGUCCGUUGGAACUUCGUCCUCACGGAGUAACUUUUUUAAAGCCCGUGGAAGUACGUGUGCCAUAUCAUCGGAUAAAAAAAAGGGAGGUGGUGGUGCUGACGUUUGAUGGAGAGUCAUGGAGCACUCUGCCCACUAAUUUAAGGAGAGGAAGCGAGAGCCAUAGCAGUCGCCCUGGGGGACGUCCAGCCAGGCUGGCGUGCUGCUCAGUGAAUCACUUUUCCUGGUUUAUGGCAGUGGCUCGCCCAGUAAAGGACAGUUGCUCUGUUACACCAGCUGGAGCCUUGCUAGUGUCAAGCUCUGACCCUGGAGUAAAGCUUCACUUUCCUCCAGAUUCCACAGUGGAGACUCGCACCAUAACUUUACAGGUGCUGCAGGUGUCUGUGUCAGAGGUGCAGGCACUGUGCGGUGAUCCUCAGGCCAAAGUCAGCCCCCUCCUUUGUCUCUCCCAGACUCCCAGCAUGCAUUUUCUGCAGCCAGUCAAAGUUCAGAUCCCCCUGCCAUCUGGAGUCACUGGCCAUACAGUGGAUAUGUCCUGUUUGCAUCUGCUCCAUGGAGAUCCCACUGCCCAAACCUGGACUGACAUCACAUCACAAGUCUCUCUCUAUGUUACCCAUUUGUAUGCCAUUUUCUACAUUACACAUUUCUCCUGGUACUGGCUCUGGUACACUACACAGCGCUGUGUUAGUGGGGUGGUCAGGAAGGUCUAUCAGAGGCUAAAACAGUUCAAAGUCCAGUUCCUCGUCCUCCAGAGGAAGAAUGAUCCUUCACAGGUUCUGGUGCAGUGCUUACCUUCUAACAAGAUAGAAAGCAGAGUGCAGUCUUUGUCAGAACACUAUGAUGGACCCCAGCCGUCAGACCUGUGUGACCUGCUGGAAGGAGAGCAGUUCUUCGCUGGCUUUGAGAGGGGCUUAGAAAUCAAUACAGACAGACCAGACUGCGUGGGAGGAAGACUCUGUUUCGUGUUUUAUUCCAGCCUCAAGAAUCUGAAGGAGGUGUAUAUCUGUCCAGCUCAGGGUCAGAAGGGACCAGUGAGGGGACAGGUUUCCUUUUAUAGAGGGGAGAUUCCCACAAAUCUGCCAGACGAAGUAACCAGAAAGAGGAAAGGACUCGAUAGCCAGUGGCUUACAACAUUACCACUAAGACUUCCUGCUCUAAACUCAGAGAACAAUUUCAUCAUGGAGGAGGUUGAGUAUCCUCCGCUGAACCUGGGUGACCCUGAGAGUGGCUACCUGACAGAAGCCAACCUGCUGUCCAUCUCUCUUCAGAUAGCACAGGACUGGCGUGUUAUUGGCAUCAAUCUGGGCUUGAGCUACCAAGAACUGGACCGCAUGCAAUACAAGAACAGGGACAACCUGGGUGCCUUGGUGCUGGACAUGCUGUUUCACUGGGCCAGGGCGCAGAAAAAUGAAGGACCUGGGGCUGUGUCGCGGCUGGUGGCUGCUAUGAUCGAGAGCGGCAGGAGAGACCUGGCAGAUGAGAUCGAGGACAUCGUCAAUAUAGGAAGGAGAAAGUACACAGAGUCCUUGAGGCGAGUAGGCCUGGACACAGAGGGCUCCUCUCUGUGAACAACUGCAGUAGAUGAGCCCAUGCUGGACACAGAUGGCUGACUUACACUUGAGUGACCUGUUUGUUUACAGUGGGCCACUAUUAUCUUGUUCUGCUGUGAACAACUGUACAGGUGCACAAAAAAAAAUAUCUUUGUCGCUGUCAUGAUAGCCAGCUACAUGCUGGUGGUACCUUUCACAAGCCCUACAGAGAAACAGGUGGAAUGGAUUUACUGUGUGAUGGCCUGUGCGUUGUUUUCCCACUUUUUAUGAGGUACAGACGCCUAUGUUCACCAAGAAAAGAAGUAUCUAAGCAUCUAAACUUUAGAUGCUUUAGAUUCUAAAGCAUGUAAAACCUCUGACUCCAUAUCUCAAAUCUUUGACUUUGUAUCAUUUAUUCCUUUAGCACUUUAAAUUUGCACAAAAAAAACUUUUUUAUUCAUAGUUUGAGUAUCAUAAUUUUGAAUUUGCAGCUUAUGUUUUUGAUUCAAAAUCAAAUUAUGUUAAACCAUAUUUAUUUUUUAAAGAUACCAAACAUUGCAUGUAUUUUUUUUCCUGGUGAAAAGGAGCCUUCAGAGAUAUCUGUGGUACCUGUUCAGGCAGAGCAAACAACUCCGGGACCUGUGAGUGUUUCAGGGGACUGCACUAAAAGUGCAAGCAUAAGCUAUUUUUACAGCUGAUUACAUUUCCUCCUUGUGUGCCUUUGGUCCCUGAGUAAUUGCUUUAGAUGCACCACAAUCUCAGUAUGAUAUCAGGACAUUAGCUUUUU